UCCUGGUCUAAAAUAUAAACAAAGUUGCGCGUUUAAUCAAAAGCGCUGUCAUUGCCAUUGGCGGUUUCUAAAUAUGCGUUUGUAUUGUCUCAGUGGCGAUUUGGCAAAGCCAUGUUACAUCAUUACCUUCAAGGGCCUGAGGAUAAUGCUGGACUGCGGUCUGACGGAGCAGACAGUUUUAAAUUUCCUGCCGCUGCCUUUCGUGCAGUCUUUGAAAUGGUCCAAUCUGCCCAACUUUGUUCCCAGCCGGGAUCACGAUCCCCAGAUGGACGGCGAGCUGAAGGAUUGCUGCGGCCGAGUGUUCGUGGAUUCCACGCCGGAGUUUAAUUUGCCCAUGGAUAAAAUGCUGGACUUUAGCGAGGUGGAUGUGAUACUUAUCUCGAAUUAUCUUAAUAUGCUGGCUUUACCGUAUAUUACCGAGAACACGGGAUUCAAGGGCAAAGUCUAUGCCACGGAGCCAACUUUGCAAAUUGGCAGGUUCUUCUUGGAGGAGCUGGUGGAUUACAUCGAAGUUUCUCCCAAAGCCUGCACCGCACGCCUGUGGAAGGAGAAGCUCCAUCUGCUGCCCAGUCCUUUAAGCGAAGCAUUUCGGGCUAAGAAGUGGCGGACUAUUUUCAGCCUCAAAGAUGUCCAGGGCAGUCUCUCCAAGGUGACCAUCAUGGGCUACGAUGAGAAGCUGGACAUUCUAGGCGCGUUCAUCGCCACUCCUGUGAGUUCUGGCUACUGUUUGGGCUCAAGCAAUUGGGUACUGAGCACUGCCCACGAGAAGAUUUGCUACGUCAGUGGUUCCUCCACUUUAACCACGCAUCCGCGGCCAAUUAAUCAGUCGGCGUUGAAGCACGCUGAUGUUCUCAUCAUGACAGGACUGACACAGGCUCCGACGGUCAAUCCAGACACCAAGCUGGGAGAGCUUUGCAUGAAUGUUGCAUUGACGAUCCGAAAUAAUGGAUCCGCUUUGAUUCCCUGCUAUCCCUCUGGUGUGGUAUACGACCUCUUUGAGUGCCUCACACAGAAUCUGGAAAACGCCGGUUUAAACAACGUGCCCAUGUUCUUCAUUUCACCAGUAGCAGAUAGCUCAUUAGCCUACUCCAACAUCCUAGCUGAGUGGCUCAGUUCGGCCAAGCAAAAUAAAGUCUAUCUUCCAGACGAUCCUUUCCCACAUGCCUUCUACCUUCGCAACAACAAAUUAAAGCACUAUAAUCAUGUGUUCUCUGAGGGCUUCAGCAAGGAUUUCCGGCAGCCCUGCGUUGUCUUCUGUGGACAUCCAAGUCUGCGUUUCGGUGACGCCGUGCAUUUCAUCGAGAUGUGGGGUAAUAAUCCCAAUAACUCCAUCAUAUUUACAGAACCAGACUUUCCGUAUCUUCAAGUAUUAGCGCCGUUCCAACCGCUGGCCAUGAAGGCAUUCUACUGUCCCAUCGACACAUCCUUGAAUUAUCAGCAGGCCAACAAGCUGAUCAAGGAGUUGAAGCCAAACGUGCUGGUCAUCCCUGAAGCUUACACAAAGCCACAUCCGUCGGCUCCAAAUCUGUUCAUAGAACAGCCAGAUAAAAAGAUAAUAACGUUCAAGUGCGGUGAGAUCAUACGUUUGCCGUUGAAACGGAAGCUGGAUCGUAUUUACAUAACCUCGGAGCUAGCCCAAAAGAUAUCGCCCCGAGAGGUGGCUGCCGGCGUGACUUUCUCUACACUGACGGGCGUUCUGCAGGUGAAGGACAAGGUCCAUUGCAUCCAGCCAUGUGCGGAUAGUAUCAAAGAAGAGACCAACUCAAAUAACACCGCUCCUACAAAGGAGGAAGUGCUCAAAAACAUAAAAUAUGAGUAUGGCAGCAUCGAUGUGGAGGCUGUGAUGAAGCGACUGACACAAGAUGGGUUCUCUAAUGUCAAGUUAGACCGCACUGGCGGUGCUCUGACACUCAACCUUGUCAAUGAGGAUACAGUGAUUAAGUUUGAGGACAACGAGACGCAUAUAAUCUGUGGCGGAAAGCCAACCACUCGUCUCAAGCUGAGGGACACCAUCAUGAAGUGCUUACAGAGUUUUUAAAAACACAAAUGUAUUCCUUAAAACUAAAAAACAACAAA